AGUGAGGCGGUGGAAGGCGAGAAUGAAAUAUUGGAGCAGAUGGACGAAUCAGCACAGCUGCGAAAGGAGCUGGAUGAUAAGGAGUCGUUCAUGAAGGAUAUCAGAAAGGCUGGAGAAGAUAUUCAAUCGAAGUGUCAUUCACUUGCCGAGCAUCCAAUGAAGUACUGGCUUGAAGUUGUGCAAACGCGAUGGGACGAAGUAUCGAAUGCAGUAGAUGGCAAAAGAUGGGGAAGGUUGGAAUUUUGUUCAGCUGUGGGAAACCCCAUUAUCAGUCAGAGGGGGAAAAGGCCAUACGCUAUUUUCAUCAGUUUAAAGGCCAGUUUGAAGGUAAAAGUUGUUAAACGGCUCUGUUGA